ACCGCAGAAAAUAGUGUGUAAGAGAGUGUGAAUAUGGUGAAAAACAAGAAUUCUAAGAAUAAAAAUGGAGGAAAUACACACAGGAAGAAUUACAAACACUCCCGGAAGAAUUUGCGAUUCCGGGAGCGCUCAAAGGCGAAGGAGAAGCAGAAGCUGGGGGAAAAGUACAGAUUUGUGAAGAAAAUGAAGAAUAUUCAGCGGAACACGGAGAAUGAGGAGAUCCUGAGGAAGCGACAGCAGAUUGACGAGAGAAGUCAAAAGAGGCAUGAUCAGUUUGUCAAUUGUGAUCCGGAGGAUGAUGAUGAGAGCGCAGAUGAAGCUGAGGAGGAGAGUGACUACUAUGGUAAAGUUCUAUCCAUGCUAAAUGUAUCUAGCAAGACGUCUAAGGCGAUAGAGACUUCCUCAGAGUCUGAAGACGAGGAGGAGGAGGAGGCGGACGAGGAGGAAGAAAAUAUUCACGAUUCUCCAAAGAAACCCCGUCUAGAACAGAUUUUAGAGCCUGAAGACGUUGAAUCUGAGGCAGAAGAUCCAGAGGAAGAUAAUACAGGCAUCACGGAUCCAUAUUUGAGUCACUUAGAUUACAAUAUCAGUCAGGAAUUGUAUGAAAUUGUCGCAAAAGAUGGCGAAAUUGAGGUUUCUGAGCAGAAAAUAUCUUCUUGGCCAAAUCUAGGGCGCCUUGUGAUCAAUAUCCCUAAAACUACCAAGUCACAUUGUUCCAAGAAGAAGCUUCUCCUUCUCGAGGACGCGGAGAAGUUCGCUGAGGAAGGCACAAUUCCUGAACGAUCGUCUUCUAAAGAUGAUCUGCAUAUAAAGUCGCAGAUUCAGAAGAAUAUUGGUAAUUUUACUGAUCUGCAGGCGGAAAUUUUCUCUAUCGUCAACAAUUAUCAGGAUUUUUAUAUGCCACGGAGGACUUUUGAGAAUGCCGAAGAGAUUCGCACCAUUUACUGUCUUCACGCAAUGAAUCACGUUCUCAAAAGCUACACGAAAGUCACUCAGCACAACGGAAAGACGGCAAAAGAUCCGGACAAGUGCAGAGAUCAAGGUCUGACCAGACCUAAAGUGCUGAUAAUCCUGCCAUUCAAGAAUUCUGCUUAUCUCGUCAUCAACGCACUGAUUGGACUUCUGUUGCCUGAGGCAAAUCGAUCUGGAAGGGUGACAAACUAUAAGAGAUUUCAGGAAGAGUUCACAGGAGAGGAGCUGGACUUCCCCAAGAACAAUCCCAAACCAGAGGACUACGAGAAGAUAUUCUGUGGAAAUACAGAUGACAAUUUCCGCGUUGGAAUCUCUGUGACGAAGAGGAGUGUGAAGCUCUACUCUGAGUUUUACUCCUCAGACUUGAUCAUCGCCUCUCCGCUGGGUCUUCGGAUGAUCAUUGGAGCGUCUGGAGAUGAGGAGCGAGAUUACGACUUUCUGUCCUCCAUUGAGAUGCUCAUCAUUGACCAGAUGGAUGUGAUUAUGACGCAGAAUUGGCUUCAUUUGCUUCACAUUUUCGACCACUUGCACUUGACUUUGCAAACAAGGAAGAACACAGACUUCUCCAGAGUUCGGUCGUGGUGUCUCAACGGUUGGUCGCGCUUCUACAGGCAAACUCUGCUCUUCGCCAAUCACGACCUGCCGGAAUUCGUGUCUCUUCUGAGCAGACAAUGCAGAAAUUACCGCGGCAGCGUUCGCAUGGCGAAUUCCAUCGCUUCGGGAUCUGUGCAGCAAGUGGCGAUUCAGAUCAACCAAGUCUUCCACCGCAUUGACGUGAAAUCACUGGAAACAGCGCACGACACACGCUUCGAGUACUUCAUCAGAACAAUUCUGCCGCGCAUCAAAGCCUCUUUCAUGGCACAUUGUCUGAUCUUCGUUCCGAAUUACUUUGACUUUGUGCGCAUUCGCAAUCACUUCAAGAAGGAGUCCAUCAACUUCGUGCAAGUGUGCGAAUACACGGAAGAGGGCAAGAUCGCCAGAGCCAGAGACAUGUUCUUCCACAGCGGAGCGCACUUUAUGUUGUACACGGAGAGGGCGCACUUCUAUCGGCGCACGAGAAUCAAAGGCAUUCGACACAUUGUCAUGUAUCAGCCGCCGGCGUGGCCGCACUUCUAUGCGGAACUCAUCAAUCUCAUGCAGGAAGCGUACCAGAAUCCACGAGACGGUCUGGAUGCGCACACUUCUGUGACUGUUCUCUACACAAAGUACGACGCGCUGCAGAUGGCAGCGAUCAUGGGCACUGAUCGAACGUCUGAGAUGUUGAAGUCGAGCAAAUUGACGCACACUGUUAUGAAGGAGAGUCGCAAUUGAAAUAGAAAAAGAAAAAUACAGAGUUUAUUAGGCAAAAGGAUACAUAGUGAGUAUUAUUCUAAUGAUUCUUCAUCGCCAAGAGUAACUUCAACUAUAUCAGU